CAAAAUAUGAGAGGUAGAAACAAGUGUUCUACCAAACCAAAUAUUGUUGUUCAAUUCUUAUAAAUGUAAUCAAUGAUAAAAAUGCAACUUUGUUAUAUAAUUGAGGUCCAUCAAAACUUCCGCGUGCGUCCUCAAAUUUCUAUCAGAUUUUGCUAUUAUUUGAGAUAUUUAUAUAUUUCGUUUGAAUUGUAUCAUAUGUAUAUUGUGUGUCUUUCUAAGUGCAUAAUUAUUUUACAAUUUGGUAAAAUAUGGGGAUGGUAGUUCAAGAAUUUAGUUUUUACUUAGAGGUGUAGGGUAAUAUUUCAAACAUUCACCUGGUAUGGUCCAAUGUUCUUUUUCUUCUAGGGGGUGCACCGAUUGUUGAUGUAAAAGAAAAACUCUUAGCUAGGGUAUAGUUUCUCUCUAUGUUACUUGGACUUGGUUGCACAUAAAUAUGUCAUACUUCGUAUGUGCAAAAGUGUCUAGCCCAAAUAAUUUAUUGAUGGUCAUUGUGUAUGUUGGUUAUAGAAGUUGGAGUGUUAGUGAUAUCUUGAUUUAUGAGUUUGUAAAUACCAGGAGCUACUUUUUGCUGUAGGAAUUUGCAUUUCUUUUGAAGAAUCUUCUGUGCAUAAUUGCUAACUUUGAAACUUUAUAGUUCCUUAAUUUAAUAAUUACACUAAUAGCUAAACGAUGGAAAUAGCCUAUGUUAAUUUGAGGAGAUAUUAAGCAAAGUGUUGGUGUUAGGUACUGAUAUACUCUUUGAAUUAAUGAUGAAUUGGGUUAUUGACACAGGAAGGUUGUGGUUCUGUCAGCCUAAAGUUGAAGCUCUUCAAGGAUUGCCAUCUUGAACUUCCUUCCUCCAAAUUCCAAAAUAGAUGGAGUUUUUACUUACAUCAGCUGAGGUGGCUGGCCAGGUGGUUGACCAGGUCACUGACCAGGUCACUAACCAGGUCACUGACCAAGUGGCUGACCAGGUCACUGACCAGGUGGCUGACCAUGCUCCUGAAGGUAUUUUGCAGCGUAUCGCGAGUUUGACCCGCGACAGAUCCAGACGGAUCUGCUUGUGGGAGCCUUCUCAUUGGGGACACUGGCUCAUGAAUGUGCCAGUCAACCAAGUGCUUGCUGUACAAAGACCUUACUCCCAGGGGGUUGAGAGUCCCUACCUUGUUUUAUUCUAUAGGUCAACCAAGGUCCAUUGAGCUGUUCCAGACGAACCUGCAAAGGGUGUGGUCUUUCGAUUGUUUUUGGCGUGGUAAGACAAGGAAACUGAGCCUUGGUGGCUCCGACUAGGGGCUUUUCAAGAGGUGUUACAAAAUUAAAUCGGGUGACACAGUCAGCGUGUAUCGGAUAUCUGUCAACAACGUCACACGAUUUUUUAUUCAUUUGGAGAGUGUACCAAUAAAUGUUGAAGAGCAGGAGGCUGCUACACAAGCUAUUGCAUCUGCAACAGGCCAUUAGGUUAUAUGGUUGAAUCAGCUAUGAGUAUUGAGUUCGUACAACAAUUAUUUUCAGCUCAAGCCUAGAUUAGAUGGUUGAAUCAGCUAUGAGUACUUAGUUUCAGCUUGAACAAUCAUGCAACAAUCAUUUCUGCUAAUUUUUUCUUUCUCGUAAUUAAUAUAGGACUUGGAUUUAAAAUCUUCUGUUUGCUUUAUGCUUUCGAAUGCAUCUUACUGCAUUAAUAUUUUUAUAACCUUCAUGAAUCAUGACAUUGGUCAUACAAAGACUGAAGAUUUACCUGACUGGUCUCAAGGAACCUCAGGUUGGUUCUGUACCUUAGGUAUCCUGAUUGGGUAUAAACUUUUAAAGAUACCCACUGCUGGAUUCCUUUCUGCUUGUUUCUUCAUUUCUUUUGCUAAUAAAAUCAACUUCA